AUGGCAAAGAACACCGACUUAGUAAAUGAUCAAGCCACACCCCAUGUCUUUGAGCGAGCCUCCACCCCUGUCAACUCUACCGAAGGCUCAUUCACUUUGGAAGUGAGCACUCCAUUAUCAUCUACUGCGUAUGAAAGCCGCAAUGUGUUUAGUCCCAAUGGGUCGGUUUCCACCGACAUCACCGAGGACUACGGGUGGGACAGCCCGAGAGAAACGCCUUCAAGAUCCCUUUCGCCCGUAAGCCUAUUUAACAAGGACAAGGGGAGUGAUAUUACUGAACCUGUCGCUGCUAUCGGUCCAUCCGGAAGCGUUACUAGCGAAGACGCGUCAGAUUCCUUUGCCUUUGCUACUCCUGUUGACUUGCCCACCAGAGCUUCAUGGGCACCAGACGAGACAGGCGGCGCGCCGAGUGCGACCGAAGAGGAGAUUGAUAUAAAAAAUGGCAACCUGGUUUUUACCAGAAUCUGGGAUCAAUGUUCAGUGAGCGGGAGCAAGGGCUCCAUUGACGCGCAAGGUUACAACAAGAAUAGGGAAAUCUCCCUUUCGCUGGCAAUCGACAUGAACUUUACAAAUCGCCGACAGUGUCUUAAUGGUAGACCAAGAGCCAAAAGCAGCAUUCAUCCUUUAUCAGAAGAGGCUACGCGCCACAUCAAGUCUCCAACACCUAGCGAAAGCUCCUUGGAAGCCGGAUCGAGAAUCCAAGUGACUCUUCCCGAUAGCCCUGCAGACAAAACUCCAUAUAUAAGGGCGAUAAAACCCCCGAGCGGACACAUCAUGAUCUCGUUAUCGAGAAUCUUACCAAUAUGGACUCGGCAAUUCCUGGUUCAAAACCAGAAGAAUUGUGUGGCUAUAAAAAAGGGAACAAAUACGAGAUGCGCUGGCCGUCGGAACCUGGAUAUCCAAGCUAUUUCCAAGGGACUUGAUACCCUGUCUAUCUCCAACAUUGCGGGUAUCAGUCCAGUUCUACAGGAUCUAUGCACUUUGAUGCUGUGUGGUACACACCAAAGGGAAGCAAGAAAGUCACUGGCCUCGUGGUUUGGAGAUAAGCCAACCAAUCAUCUGGCAGAGCAUCUGGCUGAAAUUAAAGAAUGGAUAAGUGCGCUCAAACUCGGCGCAAGCGUACAGCAAGCCACGGAUACUACUUCAAACGCUCAUUCAGCACUCGUUCCAGUGGAGAAACCGCAACCAUGUUCGUCUUCAGAUGCAUCUGGCCCAAUCACCUUAGCAUUCUCUAAGCAAGGUGUUCCCUCACCGAUUCAGAAUUUUGAACCGUACUCUCCAAAGCGCCAUGCCUGUAAAAGCGUCAGCCAGAUGCUGCGUGAAGUCCUGACUGCACCCCUCAAGAAAAGAGAGAUUGAAAAGAGUGGAAUAAUAUACAUUUUCUGGUAUCAAGGAAACUUCGGUCAUCUCAAAAUCGGGCACACUAAAGAUCUAGAUCAGAGGCUGCGGCGCUGGGAAAAAGAUUGUGGGAAACCCCUGGAUGUGCAUUUCCCUCUGGCUGAAGAUGACAAGCAGCCUGUUCAGCAUAUUUACCGCGUCGAAAAAUUGAUUCAUGCUGAGCUCAAGGAACACCGCCUACAGGAGAAGUGCUCGAAAUGUAACGCGACACACAUCGAGUGGUUUCGUGUAUCGAAGGAUGCCGCAGUCGACAUUGUCCGGAAAUGGACCCGAUGGAUGCGCAAGCAGCCAUAUAUCUGUGAAACAAUGGAAGAUGGCAAAACAGAGUGGAGAUUGGAUAUUGAGGAAAGGGUUGGGAUCAUGGCGGAUCUCUGCACUCCAAUCACAGAGCCGGUGAGCUCUAUAACCUCCAAGAAACAUAUUCAUUCAAUUUCCCGACUAAAGCCACCCGCUGCGGACCACAGCAAGAGGAAGAGGCGAGUAGCUUCAGCAUCUUUUUAG